AUGAACACAGAGGAAGUACCGCUUGCUCCCCCGCUCCGUGGAGUUACACCUGCUUUACAAUGGAAGGUGAAUAAUUACUCCUUUGGAACACGUCAAGCGAGGAAACUCUUUCCUCACUACUAUCCCCCAACCUGGCUGGGGAACGCGUAUCUCCCUCUUAGGGGAUUGCCCCACACAGGCCCUGGAUGUUAUGCAGCAGCAACAGAUUGGAAUGGUUUGGCAUAUAACCUAUCGAAAGUCCCAACCAGUACGAAAGGCUAUGCUAUUGGAGCCAGGACAGCUGUGAGGUUUAAGCCAAUCAGCAAGGAUGUGACGCCAUACCCGGGAAUGUAUCAGAAAGUUGAUACUUUGAGUGAAAAACACAAAAAGAGCUUUGCUCCAUUUAAUGUAUUGAUGCCUCGAUUUAAGAGUGAAGUAAAGGGCGAUUCUUACCCUGGCCCAGGCACAUACAAUCCAGAGACUAAGUCAGUCCCAAAAGUUACUUGGCCAAUGAAAUUUGGAUCUCCAGACUGGUCUCAAGUCCCAUGUCUAGAGAAAAGGACUCUAAAAGCUGAGCUGUCUACAGACAAGGACUUUAGAAAGCAUCGUAACCGUGUGGCCUACUUUAGCCUGUAUUACAAAUGA